UUAUUAAAUUUAUUGUCUCUAAGACAACCUCUAUCUAGACCAACAACCACAAUGGCAACCUCCAACAAGGUGAGCUUGAAGCUGCUCAUUGACACUAAAGCCAACAAAGUUCUCUUCGCAGAAGCUGGUAAAGACUUCGUUGAUUUCCUCUUCAACCUCCUCUCUUUGCCUGUGGGAACCGUCAUUAGGAUCCUCACAAAGCACUCAAUGGUGGGCAGCCUAGGCAACCUCUACGACAGCAUUGAAAACCUGAACAACACUUACUUGCAACCUAACCAAAACAAGGACUCUCUCUUGAAACCCAAGGCAUCAUCAUCAAUCUGUGCUGCUCAAGUUCCUCUCUUGCUGGCCGACGACAUAUCGCCAGACAGAAAGUUGUAUAUGUGUAAAACCUUUCACCUAAAUGUUGCAGAUGAUCCCAAAGCUGUGUGUCCUAAUUGCAAGCAUUAUAUGUCCACAGAGGUGCCUUAUAUCGCUCGAGAGGCGGUGAAGGAAGUUUUGAAUGGUGAUGAGGGAGGUUUUGUGAAAGGAGUGGUGACUUACAUGGUUAUGGAUGAUUUGGCAGUGAAGCCUAUGUCUGCUAUAUCCAGCAUUGCUUUGCUCAGCAAGUUCAAUGUCAAGGAAGUGGGUGCCCUCGAGGAAAGGGUUGUUCAUUUGGGGAUGGAUGAGAUUUCUUGGUCAGAUUUUGAAUCUUAUGUGGAUUUUUGUGAGCUUGUCAAGGGUCUCUACUUGAAUUGGAAGUUGCAAUCAUUGCCAUCUAUUGUCAUUUCAGUCUUUCAUCAUCUCUAUAUUUAG